AUGGGGGCAGCGUCAUGCUGUGGACCAUGGGGGCAGCGUCAUGCUGUUGACCAUGGGGAUAGCAUCAUGCUGUGGACCAUGGGGGCAGCGUCAUGCUGUGGACCAUGGGGGCAGCGUCAUGCUGUGAACCAUGGGGGCAGCGUCAUGCUGUGGACCAUGGGGACAGCGUCAUGCUGUGAACCAUGGGGGCAGCGUCAUGCUGUGGACCAUGGGGGCAGCGUCAUGCUGUGGACCAUGGGGGCAGCGUCAUGCUGUGAACCAUGGGGGCAGCGUCAUGUUGUGGACCAUGGGGGCAGCAUCAUGCUGUGGACCAUGGGGGCAGCGUCACGCUGUGGACCAUGGGGGCAGCGUCAUGCUGUGGACUAUGGGGGCAGCGUCAUGCUGUGGACCAUGGGGGCAGCAUCAUGCUGUGGACAAUGGGGGCAGCAUCACGCUGUGGACCAUGGGGGCAGCGUCACUCUGUGGACCAUGGGGGCAGCGUCACUCUGUGGACCUGGAGGAGGACCGAGGUCUGUCCUCCUGGAGGACACUGAGCAGGCGUGUCCUCCUGGAGUGAUGUCCUCCUGGAGGACAAUGAGGAGGUGUGAACUUUUACAGCUUUCUGUAGAAGUUUGA